UGUACAGUCUGAAAAAUUUAUUGAACUGUGGAUCUAUUAAUAAAUUUAAUAUUUAUUCGAUUAUUUUAUAUUGUGAAAUUGUAUUGCGAAUAUUUAGUAGAAAUUGCGUGAAAAUUUAUUGCUAAACGUCAUGAAAAUCAAUGAGAAAAACAUGGUAGCAUUUGCUACAUCUGCAACACCAAUAGAUCGUGAGGGCUGGUUGAAUAAACGUGGUGAAAUGAAUCGUGGAUAUCAAAGACGAUGGUUUGUUCUUAAAGGAAAUAUAUUAUUCUAUUUUGAUCGACGUGGUGACAAAGAACCAAUGGGCAUGAUUGUGCUCGAAGGAUGUACAAUUGAAUUAGCGGAAGAUGAAGAGCAAUUUGGCUUUAAAAUAGUCUUUCAUGGUUUAAAUAAUAGAAGCUAUGUUCUAGCAGCAGAAUCUCAGGAAUCUAUGGAACAAUGGAUGAAAGCAUUAGCUUGUGCUAGUUAUGAUUAUAUGAAACUUAUGGUGACAGAACUACAACGUCAGUUGGAUGCUGUAGAAGAAGAAACAACACCUCUACCAAUGCAACAUUCUCCUAAAGCUCCACCAAGGCAACGACAUAAUCCAUUCAAUAAAUCAGACUAUCAUUAUCGUUCUCAAAGCGUCAGAUCAGCACCUGGUAGGACAGAGAAUAUACCCAGAACUAAAAUAACUUUUCGUGAACUUCAUACAGCAUAUGGUAGGCGAAUUCUGGCAGAUUUGAACGCAUGGAGACAUGCAAGGAAAAAUAUAGAAGCACCUCUAAUAACUCUAUAAUUUUGUACAUGUAAAUAUUUGAAAUGUGUAUGAACUUAAACAACGAACUAUAAGAACUAUCUGUUUAAAUAAUCUGUACAUCAAUAGAUGAAUUUUUUUUAGUGCGCAUACAUGAGCAAUACACAUAUAUAGAGGGAAAAAAGAGAGAGAACUUCAAAACUUCUACUUCAAAUUAUAUAGCUAAUCCCUCUAUUCAUUA